GGGUUUAUUUAACACAUUUUCAUACCUAAUAAAAUUAAAGGUAUUGUUUUAUAAUUCUAGUACAACAUGGUGAAAACAGUCACCAUGAAAGAAAAGAGAGUGAAGAAAAAUAAAUCUCCCGUAAUACCAACUGAAAACUCAGAUUCAGACGAUGAACUGAGCCCAGAGACUCACAAGAAGUCAUUGGAAAAGUUAAAAAACACAGAUCCAGACUUCUACAACUUUUUAGAGGAAAAUGAUGAAAACCUUUUGAACUUUGAUGUUGAUUCUGGUGAUGAUGCAUCAGAGAAAGGUGAUGAUGAUGAUGAAGAUGAUAAGGUUCAUAAACCCGGGCCACUCCAGGGAGAUAGUGAUGAGAGUGACUUUGAGGAUGAAGAUGCUAAGCCAGUCCAGGGAAAAAUAACUCUGAAAAUGGUGGCACAAUGGCAAGCAGACCUUCAAAAUGAGACCAAAAUCAAGCUAACCACACUGACCACAGUAAUUAAAGCUUUUAAUGCAGCCAUGGUGAGAGCAACCAGUGAAGAUGGUGCGUCAGAGGGAGAAUAUAAAGUUGAAGGCUCUUCGGUUUUCAAUGCUGUCAUCCAGAUGUGCGUACUUUAUCUGCCAGGAGCCAUAAGAAAGUAUUUAGGCAUGGAACAGUCCGGCAAAGACCCACAGAAAUGCAAGCACUAUACAAAAAUCAAAACCCACUUGAUUUCAUAUCUCAGUGAUCUAUUGAAACUGCUGGGCGGAGUCACAUCAGAGAACAUACUAACAGUGUUACUCAAACAUUUGCAUCAGAUGUCUAUAUAUGUUGCUUGUUUUAUAAGAAUAGCCAAGCAGGCCCUGAAGAAACUCCUCACUUUCUGGAGCACUGGGGAAGAGACUGUGCGAGUGCUGGCAUUCCUCUGCAUACUUAGAAUAACAAGAAACCAACAACCAGCAUUACUUGAUCUUGUUCUGAAAGCAAUGUGUUUGACUUAUGUCAAAAACUGUAAAUUUGUCAGCCCUUCCACAUGGCCAGGAAUAAACUUCAUGCGAAGAUCACUGGUAGAAAUGUUCUCAUUGGAUUUGAAUGUUUCAUAUCAACAUGUUUUCCUUUACAUUCGUCAACUGGCUAUACAUUUAAGAAAUGCUAUUGUUGUUCAGAAGAUAGAGAACAGACAAGCAGUUUACAACUGGCAGUUUGUAAAUUCACUGCAUUUGUGGGCUGACUUGUUGGGUGCUGUUUCUCAUAAACCACAGUUGCAGCCUCUUAUAUACCCACUUGUGAUGGUUAUUACCAAUACAAUAAAACUGGUACCAACACACCAAUAUUACCCUCUAAGAUUCCACUGUGUUGAGAUGCUCAUCCAUCUUUCAAAGGAAUCUAAUACUUUCAUGCCUAUAUUACCAUUCCUAACUGAGGUAUUAACAACAUUUGACUUUAACAAAAAGCAUAAAAAGGUGUCCAUGAAGCCACUGGACUUUUCCUGUAUUCUAAGAUUAGCUAAGUCCCAACUAAUGGAGAAUGGAUUCAAGGACUCUGUUAUAGAGCGGCUCUAUGCUCUCUUGCUAGAAUAUACAGCCAAUGAAUCACACACAAUUGCAUUCCCAGAUAUAACAUUACUAGCUGUCAUACAGUUGAAGCAGUUCUUAAAGUCAUGCUCCGUAUCAAAUUACACGAAGAAAAUGCGUCAGUUACUGGAGAAGAUCGAAGAAAACUCGAAAUUCAUAGAACGCGAAAGAUCAAAAAUAAGUUUUGCGAUAAGCGACGAGAAAAUGAUCACAGCCUGGGAGACGAGUAUAAGGACCAAAGGAACACCUCUCCUUACAUUCUAUGAAAACUGGAGCAAAAUCAACAGAAUUCAGAAACGUAAAAAGAUUACUAAGAAUGAUGAGAUUGCUGGGGAACUGCCCAAGAUUAAGAGGCCUAAAUUGUCUGAGGAUGCGGUACCGGCACCGGAAAACAAGGGACCAAUGGUGCUAUUCCCCUCAGACGACGAGGAUGAUGAUAAUCACUUCAAUACUGAAGCAGACGACGAGACUCCUGCUCCAAAAGUGAAAAAGGCCAAAAAGAAGAAGAACAAAGUAGAAAAGAAGGCCACCAAGAGCAUACCAACAGAAAGAGACAACACUAUUGAAGACAAAGGCGAUAUUGUACAAGAUUUUAGUGUAAGUGACUGGUAAAAAAGAUCACAAUAAUAAAACAACUGUCUCAUUAAA